CCAUCCAAAUCCGGCUGAAAGAGUAACCAGCAUGACCACACCGAGCACUCACCCACCAAUAACCAAAUUUCCACAAGGACUCGAUUCCUCUCGUGUAAAAGCCAUCGCCUGUGACAUGGACGGCACGACUCUUCUCCCCACACACACACCCUCGCCCCGAACUAUAUCAACGUUCUCCGUCCUCCGCAAAAGGCAUCCAGAUAUUCACAUUCUCUUUGCAACAGGGCGGCCGAGAUCAGCUGCAGGAAAUAUAUCGCCUUUACUUGCGACGGUGCAUAGACCCGUAGGAGUGUACCUAAAUGGAGCGCUGGCAGGCGAAGAAGUUCCUGAUGUAGACGGAGGGACAGAUCUGGAGGUCUUGUACGAGCGACCUGUCAAGUGUGCUGAUGCGCGAUGGUACUUGGAUUGGGGUUUAAAGAGGGGAUAUACCGUUAUUGUUUAUAGUGGGGACGAAAUUUUGACCACAGUGACCAAGGAUCCUGUUUUCGAUUUUAUGAAAGAGUCCGGUGAGCCCACUGUCCUUGUUCAAAGGGAUGUGCAAGAGUUUGUCAAUGGAGUAGCGGAAGGCGUUGUCAAAGCCCAUAAGCUGGCGUUCGUAAGCAUGGAUCACCAAAAAGUCGAUCGAAUCCGAUCCGAGCUGGACUCUGAUACUUUGAGACCAACUUCAACGACCAUGCUCGUGCGUACGGGUCCUGAGCGGUUGGAAGUCAUGCACACGGAUGCUACCAAAGCUCAUGCAUUGGCAGUGUUAUGCGAGACUGGCAAGCUGGGCGAAGAGGUCGGACUGGAUGCAGUCUUGGCUUUUGGGGAUGGGGAGAAUGAUGUGGAGAUGCUUCGUGAAGUCGGGAUGGGGGUUGCGAUGGGAAAUGCAGUCCAGAGGGCCAAAGAUGUGGCGGGCUUUGUGUGUCCUCCAAAUGACGAGGAUGGAGUUGCGAGAGUUUUAGAAGGGUUAUUCCGUUUGUCGGAAUGAACAUUCUAUUGGACUAUGGGAAGUAAUAGACUCUGUAAGACUUUCGGACAAUUGUACAAGAUUAUAUAUCGUAUUUGUAUUUACACAAAAACUAGAGAGCUGUCCCUCUCUCAAAGUUGCC